AUGGGUAAAGGAAAGCCCCGUGGUCUGAACGCCGCGCGCAAGCUCCAGAACAACCGCAAGGAGCAGCGCUGGGCCGAUCUGCACUUCAAGAAGCGUCUCCUCGGUACCGCCUACAAGUCGUCUCCCUUCGGUGGUGCUUCCCACGCCAAGGGCAUCGUUCUCGAGAAGGUUGGUGUUGAGGCCAAGCAGCCCAACUCCGCCAUUCGGAAGUGUGUCAAGGUCCAGUUGAUCAAGAACGGCAAGAAGGUCGCCGCUUUCGUCCCCAACGACGGUUGUCUGAACUUCAUCGACGAGAACGACGAGGUCCUGCUGGCCGGUUUCGGUCGUAAGGGUAAGGCCAAGGGUGAUAUUCCUGGUGUCCGUUUCAAGGUCGUCAAGGUCUCCGGUGUUGGUCUGCUCGCUCUGUGGAAGGAGAAGAAGGAGAAGCCCCGCUCUUAA